GCAUCCGCAAUGAUUGAGCACACGGUGGUGUCGCGCCUCGAGGGCAGUACGUCACAGCCCAGCAACCGCGCCGCGCACGCAGGACUAGACUGACGGUCAUGGCAGGCCUGGUGCUCUGCGCGUCGCUCGAGACCAGAGAGUUAGACCCCGAACUGAACGAGGUCAUCAACAAGGCCAAGCUCGUCCAGCGCCGCCUGAACCGCAAUUCCGAGCCCCAGGGCAGCAUCGAGAGCGGCAAAUACACAUACCACUAUUCAUUAAACGACCGCGGCGACCUCGCCUUCCUCUGCAUCUGCAACCGCGCCUACCCCCGCAAGCUCGCCUUCACCUACCUGUCCGACCUGCAGACCGAGUUCGAGAACAACUACAAGCCCGAUGCCUACAGCAGCCCCACCCUGCGCCCGUACGCCCUCAACGGCUUCGACAAGUACAUACAGCAGACAAAGGAGACGUACCAGGACACGCGCGCCACCCAGAACCUCGACAAGCUGAACAGCGAGCUCAAGGACGUGACCAAGGUCAUGACCAAGAACAUCGAGGACCUGCUGUACCGCGGCGACAGCCUGGAGCGCAUGGGCGACAUGUCGAGCCGGCUGCGCGAAGACAGCCGGAAAUACAGGAAAGCCGCCGUGCGCAUCAACUGGGAGCUGCUGCUGAAGCAGUACGGCCCCUUUGGUGCUCUCGGCUUCAUCAUAAUUUUCUUCAUCUGGUGGCGUUUCUUGUAGCAUCGUUUCCCGGCAGGUCGAUAAACCGGACGGGUCGGGCUUAACGAGGGCCGACGUUUGCAUAUCUCACAUCACCAAGACAGGCGUCCGACUCCCGUGUUGAACCUGAAGACACAGUCCCUAGGCUGGGAGUACGCUUGCAUUUCUUGGCCAACCGUAGAGAGUUGGCGGGCAUUACACCAGAAUACCACGGAGACCUGGUUGCAGCAUGCAAAUCGACACCUGGCAAUACGCCCUCCUUGUUCGCAAGGAAUCAUCUAUCAUUGCCCGUCGCAAUUCUGCUUGAGCUUGCGGUCUUGGCCUAUUCUUCACGUCGCGCUUUAGGCACUAGUGGAAUACAUGCCUAUUACACUCCAUUGAUCCUUCCGUGUUCUAUGUCACUUAACGGUGCAUUGAUCCGUAUGCUGCAUCGUGACUUAACAGCACGGACCAGUCAACCCCACAGUGUUCUUCAGGUGGGCCUUACUCCAAAGAGCGACGG